AUGGAAUUCGACGACGAAAUGGGCUAUGCCAUAGCAGGACCAAGCUCCUCGCGCUCAAACAGUCGACCGCCCCGCACACGCUGUCAACCGCCCCAGGAAUCCAUGAAGCAAUUCUGGGAACAAUUCAACACCAAGUACCCGGGCAAAGUAUAUACGGUGCUGCCGGACAAUCCGUAUGCACGGACACGGGCCAAGCAUGUUCCCAGCGGCCGUAUUCAGGGCCACGAGGCUGUCAAGUCGUACGAGCAGGCACGCCAGGAAUGUCAAAAAUCCGUCGACCGUAUUGUCAAGGAAUGCGAGCGCAUGAAUCAGAGAUAUUCGGACCCACACUUUGAUAUCGAGCUAGACCUGAAGUCUGGCCGGAGACACUAUCUCGAUGGAUUGGAUAAACCGAAUAUGCAGAUGAGACCCCGGGGCGUGAAAAGAGUGACUGAAAUUUUUGAAAAUCCGCGGUUCUUUGUUAACGGACCUACCGCGUCAGAUGUGCGGCAGGGAUAUGAUGGGGAUUGCUGGCUCAUGGCUGCGCUUUGUACCAUGGGCAACAAAGAGGAGCUCAUCGAGAAGAUUUGUGUUGCUCGCGAUCAAGAGGUUGGGAUUUAUGGAUUUGUUUUCCAUCGAGACGGCGAGUGGCAGCAGUGCAUUAUAGAUGACAAACUAUAUCUUUGCGCUGCUGACUAUGAUGAGUCUGUGGAGGAGCGACCCAUCUGGGACGACAUAACUCGGAUUGAUACGGAGGAAGAGUACCGGCGAGUCUGGCAGACAGGCUCGCGGGCCCUGUACUUCGCACAGUGCGUCGACGACAAUGAGACCUGGCUACCUCUUCUAGAAAAAGCCUUCGCAAAGGCCCAUGGAGACUACUCCGCGAUCGAGGGUGGAUUUGUUGGUGAGGCUAUCGAGGAUCUCACCGGAGGCGUUACGUCUGAGGUCUUAUCUAGCAAUAUCCUGAACAAGGACCGCUUUUGGGCCGAGGAAAUUAUGAAGGUCAACACGGAAUUCCUGUUUGGUUGCGGGACAGGCCUGUUUUCAAACUGGUUAGAUCCUAAUUACCGGGGUCCACCAAGGGAUCGAAAGGGUAUCGCGGAGGGUCACUCAUAUUCCAUCAUGGAAGCCCGGGAGAUUGACGGCCACCGGUUACUGCGGCUGAGGAACCCAUGGGGUCGCAAAGAAUGGCACGGUGCAUGGGGUGAUGGAUCUAAAGAAUGGACGCCCGAGUGGAUGAAAAUCCUUGGCCAUAAAUUUGGCAACGAUGGUUUCUUCUGGAUCUCUUAUAAAGAUCUCCUCAGGAAAUACCAGCACUUUGAUCGGACACGCCUCUUCGGAGCUGAAUGGACCAUUACCCAGCAAUGGACUACCUUGAAUGUUCCCUGGUCCGCGGAUUAUCACAGCACUAAAUUCAUGAUGGAUGUGACUAAGACUGGACCGGUGGUCAUUGUCCUAUCCCAGCUUGAUACGCGCUAUUUCAAAGGACUAGCCGGCAAGUACAGCUUCGUGCUCAAGUUCCGCUUGCAGAAGGAAGGCGAACAAGAUUAUCUCGUGCGCAGCCAUAGCAGCCACUUUAUGGGCCGAUCUGUGAACGCCGAGAUUGACCUUGACCCCGGUCACUAUCAGGUCCUGAUGAAGAUCACAGCUUUUCGCCACGAAGACGCAGACUCGACCGAAGAAAUUGUCCGUCAGGUUGCCUCGACGAGAAGAGAGAAACUAGUGCAAGUCGGCCUUUCCUACGACCUCGCGCAUGCAAAGGGACUGGUGGGCGAAACACACCAAGAAAAGCGGGAGCAGCAGCGAUUCAAAGCAGCUGAGCGGAGAAAGCUUCGAGACGAGAUUAAGGAAAAGAUGCAGAAGGACUGGAUUCGAAAUCAAAAGCUAAACGCCCGACAAGAGCGGAUGCGAGCAAGGUGCGGGCGCAUCCCCAGCGGCAGCUCCUACGAUCACAACUUCGAACGCGAUUAUGUUCCCAACCAAAUUCUGGUAGAGAAACCAAUAGAAGAUUCUGCCAUCGACGUUUCAAGCAUCUCAAGUGAAAACAGUGACCGCCGCGUCAACGGUUCUAUCCCGAGCAUCUACAUCAACGGCGGCCAGGGCCUGCACGCAAGACACGCAAACAAUGAUUGGCGACGUAGAGCCGACUCUCCGCGGGCCAGUUUAGAUGCUCGUUUUGCUACAGGGGCUCUUGAUCAGGGUGAUCUUGAAUUACUAGAAGGGUUCGAAUUUGACAGCGAUCUCGACAUGCCUCCUGACGAAGCGGGUGUGAAGAACCACCCUCCAUCGGUGGGCCAUGAGGAGCCUUCUGUUGACCCGUGGAAUGCCGUCUGUGUGGUCGGACUGCGGGUUUACUCCAAGGAUCCGAUGCUGAGUCUGCAGGUUGUGCGUCCUGUGCUAGAGGAUGAUACUGAAGCUCCUCUCGACCGAGACGACCCUGCGGUGUCGGCGACGUCGGCGACAAUUACGCGACCGAGCGCCCACCAGGGGUUGUCUCCAGAAGGCCCAAAUGUAAUCCUCUACCUUCCCCCUGGACCUUUGUUGCUGGGAAAUGCAACGAGCGCACCUCAAAAUCAUGAAAACAUUGAAUUUUAUCACCAAAGGACUGGCUAUACCAACUCCUUGGCCUCACACCAGCAUGUCCUAGCAUCCACUGCGUCUGCAGUGGUAGUAACAGUCAACUACCGUCUCGGCGAGAUACCAACAUAUAUUCCCUCAUCUUCAGUUGAAAGCUCUAUCUCGCAAGAGCUAUCCGAAGCCCCUGACCAAACCCUGGGAUCAAGCAACUCCGAACUCACCUCUUACAAAUAUCCAACCCCAGUCCACGAUACACUGGCCGGAUUCGACUGGAUCCAAACUCACCUCCGCCCAGCGCAACUAGCCAUCUUCGGCACACACAUCGGAGGCUCUCUAGCUCUCAUGCUGGGUCUGACCGAAGCGCGCUCCAUCCGAGCCAUCGCCGCCGUAGAACCCAUUUGCGACUGGCCCGGUUUGGAUGAGUACUGCACGCGCGAGAGCACUAUCACAAACCCCAAAACACGAGCAGGUGAUGAUACCACUCCAAAUUCAAAAGUAGCAUCUACACAAAAGCGCCAGCCAAGGAAAAAGACCACAGCACCGCCAGACCUAGUGCCCCUCCUCCAAGCCCGCUCGAAAUUCUUCUCAACCCCGGAGCGCUGCUUCGACUCCUUCGCCUCGCCAAUCCUCUUCCUCCGCUCUGCGGGCCGGGAUGUGCCGCCCACAUUCCCGCAGUAUCUUACGGGGCCGGAGUAUCCCGUCCCCGUACUGAAGGAGACGCGGGGCACGACAGCCGUCGAGCAAUACGCAACAUUGGACGGGUCGACCUGGGAGUGUCCCGAUAUGGAUUCCGACGAUACCGAUAGUAUUGGUGCUACUGUUACGCGGCGCCGGAAGGCUCUUUCGCGUUGGCCGCCGUAUGGUCUGGAUUAUGGGCUCAGUGGGGAUACGUGGUCUGGGCCUGGGGAUGGCAUUGGGCGAUUGGAAAUGGCUUUGCCUUGGGUCCGGGUGUUCUCGAGAGAGGAUGGUGCUGAAUUGGCUUCUGGUUCUCUCUCUCCGAAGAAGAAGAAGAAGAAGCCUAGAGAUGGUGGUCAUGGGUCUACGGUUCUUGCUCGACAGGCUGAUGAGAUGGUCUCUACUAUGCGGCGGGCCUGCUUUUGGGGUCGGGAAAAGGGGGUUGGGGAGCGGAGGGUUAUUCUAUCUCAGAUUCGGAAUACUGAUAAUAAUGCGGGAGAGGAAGUGGCCGACUGGUUCAAGAAUGUGUUCCAAAGAACAAUGGAGGAUAUAGAUUAA